AUGGCCUCCGGCGAUGCUUCCUUCGAUGCUGCGGCCGUGGCAGAGCAGCUGGUGGCGGCGCUUGCAGGGGCCCGGCGCAUGGGAUGGGCACCCAUGACGGGCCUCCUCACGGCGGACCAGAUUGCCGAUGUCCAGCUCUUUCCCACGUUGGUGACCGGCGCUUGCAUCCCUUACCACCCUGGAUCUUCGAGGACCAGCGUGCAGACCGGCGUGCAGCAAGUGGACCGUGACCCACGGAUGAUCAUCGGCCGCGAGACCGCGCCCCGUAUAUCAUCACGGGGUAGAUGGUGUUCGGUGGAGAUCAGCGAGUCGGUGCACCGCCAAGACUGUGCGGACACUCCAACUUCAUCAGCGUUUGCUGCAGGCCCAGCCACUCCGAAGGCGCAUUGCGGCCCCGGCGGACUACGUUUCUUGAUGCCGGCGACGAAGGCCGAGGCCGGUGCAGGGCGGACCCUUUCGCGGCGGCUCGGAGUUGAGCACGGGCAAGAUCAGAGCGCACUGAGCGCACCGCCGGACGCCGGACCCCAACGAGCCAGGAUGGAAGAACCGCACCGACGACUGGUAGAAGCACCGGGUGUGGUUGGAGUCAUUUCAGUCUUAGCUGCAGCAGCGGCCGGCGCCGAACUGCGCCUGGUGGGAGCGCCACCCGCUCCGGGAGCUGCUCCGCAGGGCCCGCCCGUAGAGGCAAAAGGAGCUCUUGGUUCUCACCCGAAGCCUCCAGCAAACUCGAUGCUGGCUCAGGCAGAAGUGGGCGUGGACUCUCUGGCCAUCCAGCGUCUGCGGGUCUUGGAGGACGUUCUGUUUGUGCGGGAGGUCGUCGAAUCUGCACCACCCGGAAGGAUUUGGAAAGCAAUGCAAUGCGUGCAGAGCAGCUGCAGUGUGGCUGGCUGGGAGCA